GCAGCUCGAUAGAGUUCGGUUCUAUACAGAUAGUUGUGAUACUGUUGAGCGGCUUUUAAAAUUGCAUUUGCAAACAAAUCUUUUUCGUAAAAAAGUACUGCUUAUAAUGGCUGCCAACAAACUGUGCUGCACAUUGGCAAUUGGCGCUCUUUUGUGCCUGGGAUUCGCGGCCCUCAUUCAAGCGCAGGAUAAGCCGGUGACUGAUGUGUGCCUGGGAUGCAUCUGCGAGGCCAUCAGUGGAUGCAACCAGACUCGCUACUGCGGCGGCGGAGUCUGCGGCCUGUUUCGCAUCACCUGGGCUUAUUGGUCCGACGGCGGCAAGCUGACCUUGGGCAACGAGAGUCCCCAGUCGGAGGAUGCCUAUGCCAACUGCGUGAACGAUCCCUACUGCGCGGCCAACACGAUCCAGAACUACAUGACCAAGUUCGGCCAGGACUGCAAUGGAGACAACGCCAUCGAUUGCUACGACUUUGCCGCCAUCCACAAGCUGGGCGGCUAUGGAUGCAAGGGCGAGCUGAGCUACCAGUACCAGACGCAGCUGACCAGCUGCCUCAACUCAUUCCAGCAGAUCGACGUGCGCUCUAGCAAAUAAUCGCAUUAAAUUGCUAAAUUUAUGUUCUAAUUAAAAUUAAAUAAUGUAAUGAUUAACUAUUUAUGGCAAUGCAUUUGAAUUCAAUUCAGAAUAAAAACCAAGACAAGGAAA